CCAGUUCUCAUUUGGUAUGUUCCGCGUUGACGCGGGAUAUAGUUGAAUCCGUCAGAAUCAUAAAGUCGAGCUGUUUACCUUCAGGAGAAUAUUAAAUAGAUUGAGGAAGAUCAUGGAGCAGAAAUAUGAGGAAGAGAUUCAGAUGAUCCAGCAGGAAAUUGAAAUGCUGGAGGCUGAACAGGAGGAGACUUUACGGUCCAUUUUCAUACAGCAUGGAGAUCGACUACAAGAGGAACUAAAGUCAAUCUGUGAGGAAAGAGAAGGUGGAGGAGCACAUAAACGCGCCCUUUCAAAACUCCUCACGGAAGUCAGAGAACUGGAGAAAGACCUCAGACGACAGAAGGAAAUAAACGGGAUUGCUCUCAAUGAGUGUUUUGUGAAGACGUUACACAAAAGUGAAAGAAAACUUGUACAGCAGCUCAGACUUUCAGGUCACUGCAGUGUACUGUUGUUCCAGGUUGAAUUGGCCGUGACUGAGAUUCAGGAGGAUGAUGCUCUUCUCAGGAGAGUUACAGAGCUCAAUAUUGUUGUGGAUGGUGUUGAAUUUAAAGAUUUCUCUGCGUUUGUGUCCAGAAUGGAGGACACAAAAGAUCUUCUCUUGUUCUUCAGGACCUUGAGGACGUUCUCUGAGAGAUGUGAGGAAAGGCGCCAAACGUUUCAGCACUUUAAGGACAAGUACCCAGACGUGGUCAGCCUUCCAGAGGGAUGCAGAUCGGAGCUCAUGAUUAUACGAAGUCCUCAACUUCCCGGGAUCUCUGUGACCAUAUUCUGGAAGAUUGAUGUGUCUAAGGAAGGAGUGGUAAAACCAACGCUUGAGCUCUUGCUGAAAAUGCCAGAUCAGGCUCGAGAGCUGGACACCAAAAAAGUGAUGGAAAACGGCUCGGAUUACUUUCAGAGCCUGCUGCGGAUUCUCGGGGUGGAAGCGUCAAUUGAGGCCUUGAUAAGAACCGUGUGUUUGUGAGAAGUCAUAAAACAAGCCAACAUUCAUGUCAUCAGAACUUCAUAUCUAAUCAUUUUAUUUGAUAUAAACACCUGUACAAUCACCCGUUAGGAACUACAUAUUGAUGCCAUCUGUAAGUGUCAAUCAUUUUUACACAUGAUAUGCCCACACUGUAUGUAAAUAUACAUCAUUAGACAAGAGCUAGAAAAAUAAAUAAUUUUAAAUACAAAA